AUGUACCAGCCCUUCCAGUCUAAUAAGCUUGCGCUUACACACAAUAGUGGACUCGACCCAGUGCUAGGGAUUUUCACAGGCUGCUUUGCGUACUACCUCCACGAAACACAUCCGCGCACCGCGCCCCCACCAGACAAUCGCCUUGAAGCGCUCGUGCAGUGGAAAUGGGCCAAAUGGAAGCGUGACCGGGAGGAAAAGCUAAAUGCGCUCGAGAGAGAAGCAGAAGCUUCCUCUAGAGCAGUCAGUUGACCCCCUCCCUCAGUUAAAGUGUACGUUCGGGAUGUACGUAGUUG